CAGCGCACUUCACAUGCUAAUUGAACCUCGUCUUAACUCCCUCUAUAAUUACUAUUUUUUCUUGUUAACAGUUUUCUAAAAGCAAAAUGUCCGCCCAGGCUGAGCCUCAGGAGCAGGAGGAGUUUGAUAAAUUCUUCACCGUGUUUGACGGCUCCUCUCCGGAGGAUGUGUCCCACGCCCGGCAGCUGUGGAGCUCGCUGUCCCUCCUGCCGCCGCUGGAGUCCCGGCUGGUGUCCGCAGACAUCCAUCAGAGACUGCCGGUGUCCCGGCCGCAGCGGAGCAGCAGCAGCACCGGUCCCAGACAGUCCGCCCCGGAGCCGCCGAGUAUCCCUGCUCUCCGGCAGAGACGGGAGGAGAGACAGCGGUAUGUAGCCAUGGCCGACCAGAGGAGGGAGAUCCUGGCUCUGCUGAGGAGGCAGAGGGAGCAGAGGAUCCAGAAGGAGCUGCUCUCUGUGGCCUUUAAACCGAAGGUGAAGCUCGGUAGAGAAAAAAUGGUGAAGCUGCACGAACCUUCAGACUCUGAGAUGGACGAGGAGCUGGUGAAGCAGCUGCAAUGAAAGGACUGAGAUUAAGUGACAGUGUUUAUCUAAAAAGGAGUUGUGAAGUUUUUACAACUCUUAAAUGCUUAUUGACCUGUAUGCUUUAAAGCAGAUUAAGGAGAAACUGUGAAGUCUGGUCUUGAGGCAAAUUUCAAAAUACACAGUGUACCACAAAGUUCCUCCUGCAUAUUUUAUCUGUUAUGUGGAUUGGAAAUGAUCAAGUAAAUACUGUGGCACUAUUUAUUUUUGUGCGCAUUGUUGAGUGACACUGUUAAUAACAGGCUGAUGUUCAGCAGGUGUAAUGUUUUCCAUGCCAACAUGCUUUGAUUAACAUUUGCUAAUUAGCUCUGAACACAAACUUGAGGCUGAUGGGAAUUGGACAAAUUAGAAUUUUCCAUCU